AAAAAGCCGGCUGGCCAGAAUGCAAAAAGUAAAAAAUCUGGGCCCAAGUUGGAGCUGACUGAAGAACAAAAACAGGAGAUUAAAGAAGCAUUUGAUCUUUUUGAUACAGAGGGGACAGGGACCAUUGAUACAAAGGAAAUCAAGGUUGCAAUGAGAGCACUUGGUUUUGAACCUAAGAAAGAAGAAAUUAAAAAAAUGAUAGCAGAUAUUGAUAAGGAGGGAACAGGAAGACUGGAUUUUAAUGAUUUCAUGACGUUAAUGACGAGUAAGAUGAACGAGAAGGACUACAAAGAAGAGAUAAUGAAGGCAUUCAGAUUAUUUGAUGAUGAUGAAACUGGCAAAAUUUCGUUUAAAAAUCUUAAAAGGGUAGCCAAAGAACUGGGUGAAAACCUCACUGAUGAAGAACUUCAAGAAAUGAUAGAUGAAGCAGACAGGGAUGGUGAUGGUGAGAUAAAUGAAUCGGAGUUUUUCAGGAUUAUGAAGAAAACAAGUCUCUAUUGA